ACUGUGAUGGGCCUAAUUCUGACUCUCUUCCUGAUGUGGAGAAGCACCUUAUUCUACAACUAGCCCUAUUUAUUUCAAUUGAGAGUAAGGUUCUAUUCAUUGUAAUGAGGGAAGAAUAUGAAUGAUUUGUUUUGAACCCAGUUCAUCCCACUUGCUGCAUUCUUCCUCAAAUGGUUCAGAAAAUUGUAAGUUUCCCCUUCAUGGAGAAAACAGCAGUGGGGAAAAAAAUAGGACUCAAUAAUUGUACAUGCCAGUCCUAUAAAACAAAACAGGCUCAAAAUUCACAAUAAAAUGCUGGAGGGAAUGCCAUGGUAGCGGGACAUUCUCCACUUCUGGGAUUGUCCAAAAUCAAGAGACAUCUGGCUAAAACUGGAAAAUUGGUGCAAGAGUUAUUUCAGAGUAUAUACUCCCAACACUGAAUGUUAUGGGGUUAGGUAAAUGAUUAAGUUAGGAUGUACAAAAAAUUGAGCACACACAGAUCUCUGUUUGGAAUCCUUGUGACUGUAGCUAAUGAAGGUAUUCAGUAAUUAUGGCUCCCGUCCUGCCAUUGGAUUCAUGUGAGUGGACCUGUGCUAAGCCCCGUUAACUUCAAAGGAGCUCUGUACAGACAUAAGGGUGCACCUGCACUGAUCUACUUGCAAGAUCAAAGCCCGAUGUUGCGAAGAAUACCCAACAUCAAUAUGUAGUUCACAAGAAAAAUUCAGUUAUGUGCAUAUAACUUGGAUGUUUUUAGGUGCAACCAGAGGAAUGUUCUUGAUGCUGUCGUUGCUGAAAAAAAUCGCAUCCUCUUACAAGAUACAUAUUAAUAGAAAAUUAUUGCUUUUCUACUGACAUCCUUCAAAUCUGCACAUACAGUCUGCUGAUUAUAAACUAACUGGUGUACUGUAACAUCUUUAAGCUUUUUAACAGGGCUGACACACACACACACGGCAAUCACGGAGCAGAGCAGAUGAUGUUUGCAGGGCAGGUAUGUGAAGAACUGCACUGACUCCAGCUGCUCCCUGUUACAAUGUGAGCAUGUAUAAUGUCAGACCUUCUACAAGAUCAAGCACAAGCAGAAAAAUCCAUACAAACUGAAUUCUUAGUCUUGUGGAGACGGAAAAGACAAAUUAACUAUUUAGUCUAUCGGAUUAUACGUGCAGGCUGCACCCUCCUCCAGUCAUUGCCAAUUGUUAUGGGAUCUAAACAAAUACAAUAAAAUGCUUUUUGAAGAAAUGAAGGGGGUGAGAACUUUCCAUAUUUGGUUGCUAUGCAGCAGAAAUAAUUUAAAUACUUAAACUAGCUAAUAAGGAAAGGAAAUAUACGUGUGGCCACCAGUUCAUUCAAAAGUAUCAGGAGACUAAACCAAUCCCUUUUUUCUGUGCUAAGUGUAAUAAUGAACCUGAACCAGGUGGGAGACCCCUCUGCUCUCAAAUUACUGAAAUAUUUGCUUUUUCCAGAGAGAACUGGAGUGAUUCUUCUAGGAUCACCAUUAUACUGUAUUUAUUCACACAUUAAAGCUGUCUGCAGUAGUUCGGUUUAGCAGGACAAGCAAGGCUGACUCAGGAUCACGUGGUCCAGCUUUUUGAAUGAUUAAAGGCAGUGUGUAUCUGGGGUGCAGAACAACAGAAAUUCAUGAAAGAGACAUUAAGAAUUUCAACAGUCUCCCAGGGACUCAUCUUGAGAGAAAAGAAAAAAAAAAAAAAAAAGCCCAACAACAUGUAAGUCAGAAAAUGGCUCAGUCAAACAGGAUCAUGGGAACAGCUUAAAAGAAACUAGUUCCUUCUCCUGGCAGUGUUGCCACUUCAAGAGAUUGUCUCUCAAAAUGUUGGCUAGUCCCCAGUGCUUCAGGCUGGAGAACAGGCGCUUACUAAGCCGAUCACAUUGAGGAGAUGUUUCUGUUGGUGGCAGUAGCAGAAGUGCUGUUUGUUCUGGGUUUGGUGUGGAAGUCAGAUUCUCUUUGCUCACCCACUACUUUUUACAAAAACUGCUGGAUCCGACGCUUCCCGGGUCUUUUGGUUGAUCUGGAGGAAUCUCAGAAGAGGGGAGCCCAGGUGCUGAAGAUUUACACAGAAGUCACAGCCCAGCAGUGCAGCCGGACCUGCUGCCUUCUGAAGAAUGUUUCCUGUAACCGGGCAGUUUUCUACUUUGAAACUAUCCAUGAGAAAAUUAAUUGCCUGCACAUUUAUUGUCCAGCCUUGGAAAGCUGCAUAUUGAGGGCUAGAACCAAUGUCCUUUUGUACAACAUCACAACAGGGAUUGAUCCGGAUCUUCUUGUUUUUGAAAAAUUGUCUUAUAAGGAUCCAAAUACCCGUUCCUCUUUUAACAAGUGGGAAAGGCAAAACAACUCCAGGACUGCUGAUUCAGAAAAAUGCCGACACAAUAAUGUCACACUGAGGUCUCUUCUACUCCAGUCUCCAUCUUCUACCACUAGCCAGGGCUUGGUAGCAAAUGAUAGUCAUAGCCACAAUGCAAGUGGCUUAGUCCCAAAAACCAAACCAACCACACGUUCAUGGGCAAGGUCUCUACCCUUGGAUGACCAUUUUGCUAAGGAGCUGGAUUUGACGUCAGAAAGUACAGGUUUGACAUCUAAUUCAGACAAAAAGAUGUCUGUAUCCACUAAGAUGUUAUCUCAUGUGUCCAGUCCUGCUCGUCUAAACAUCAGUCAGCAGCACUUCAAUGAAACCAAAGGAUACAGUGGCAGGAACUACACUUCAGAUAACGAGGGUCAAAGACCUGCUUGGGUGGCAGUGGAUACAGGUGCCUGGUUUGUCCCUCUGGUGCUUUGCGCUUCUUUCAUCUUCCUUUGCUGUUGUACUGUUCUUCUGGCAGCUGGGCGCUGCAGGAAGAGGAGAGGGCACUAUAAGCCAGUGCAGAGAGGAGAGGGAGGGUCCAGGCAGUACAUAAAAUAUACUCUUGUAAAGGAUAGUUUGUAAUAGAUACUGAAAAAGUAAUAAGGAGCUAAAUAACCUGCAUCACUCAUGUUGGUGGAGAAAGAGGCAGCAGCCGUAUUUAGUGAAAUACCUCUCAGCUUAUUUCUUGGGGGUUUCCCUUUGGAGAUUUUGAACUAUUUUUUGGCAGAUGUCUCAGCAGCUUUUGAUAAGUGUCGACUAAACAUCCUGUUAUAAUUCUUUUUACUACCCACUGAUCCAAAGAGAUAUAGGGCCAAAUUCUAGUCACAUCUACAUGCUCACAACUUCCACUGAACUCAGAGGUAUUUCUACAUACCUUUGUUUAUAAUUUGAUCAAGAGUAAAGCUAGAAUCCUUUCCUAACCUCUCUGUAGAGACAGUGGGCUUGAUUCUCCACUUCCUCUGUGCGUACUCUUUUUUCCCCUGUCUUACUUCGUAUAACGUAAAGCAAGUGUAAAAUGCAACCAUAUCAGAAAAGCAGCAUUUUACACUUACUUUGUCUAAGUCUUUAUGGACACAAAAGGUGCAAGGUUAUAGAGAAACAGACCUAGUUACUUUUAGAUCAUUAAUAUCCUGAACAACAUCCAUCAGUUUAAAACAGAGGAAAUUUAGAGUUUGAAAACACAGUUAUCUACUUAACCAUCCAGGACAGGAUUGUUGCUACUGUGUGUUUUAAAAUUAUUUUGGAGAUGGGACUUCCACAAUCUUUUAGGCCUUAUUAUUUGGAAAUAUACUUUCAUAUUUAGCCAAUAUUUUCCUUUGCCUGUUGCAGCAUGCUCAAUUGCCAAUUCCCUUCUAGGAGUCUCUAGCACCAUCUUUGGUUCCCCCUCCCAUCCUAGAUGCCAACCUUUCUUUCACCUCCUCCCAAGCCAAUAGCCCUCCAAGUUGGUAAUGCUCUCCUAUAUCUUACAAAUGUCAAACACCCUAAAGUCCCUCCCCCUCCACAAGAAAAUGAACUGUGUCUCUUGACACUAUAGCAAAACACACAUUUAACUCUUAAUUGUCUCUGGGCUACUGUUUUCAUUAAAAGGGCCUCUACUUCUGUUCUCCGAGUAAAUCCCAGAGGUUGGAUUUUUUGCCUUUCCCCUGGCAAAAUGAGGAUGAGAUGUUUUAGCCAGACAUUUGUCAUUUUCCAUGAAACGCUGCGCUCUUGCACCAUCUCAUACACAUUUCUUGUCCUUAUCUGUGUGACUGGGGUCCCAGUGCGGGCCAGCUGUGGUCACUCAUAUAGGGUGAACUGCAAACAAGGGGGCAGACAAUCCCCAAAAAGCUGGUGGAUAUUCCAAUACUUAGGUUUACCAAGCCAGCAUAAAGAAGCUGUUUUAUUACCUCACUGGUUACUCAGAAGUCCAAAAAAA